UGUUUUCUUCUUUAAUUUUAUAUAUGGAAAAUUACCAAUAUGAGAAGAAGCCCAGAGUUCUCUGCCUCCAUAGCCAUGGAAGUAGUGCUGAAAUAUUGAAGAAAGAAUUGGUACUUGGUUGGCCACAAUUUUUACUUGAGAAGCUAGAUUUGGUGUUCUUGGAUGGACCUUUUUUACUUCAAGAUAAAGUGGAUGCUCAUGACAUUUUUCAUCCACCCUACUAUGAAUGGUUCCAAGCUAAUAAGGACUUCAAGGAGAUUUACAAUUUUGAAGAAUGUCUUCAAUAUGUUGAAGCUAACAUGGAGAAGUAUGGACCAUUUGAUGGUGUUUUAGGUUUCAGUCAGGGAGCAAUUUUAACUGCAUCAAUGCCUGGAAUGCAAAGGGAAAGAGUGGCUUUGACCAAAGUCCCAAAAAUAAAAUUUGUGAUCAUAAUAGCAGGGGCCAAAUUUGGAGGACUCGAAUUUGGAUGUCCCAAGCUUGCUUCUAAUGCAUUUGCAUCUCCAAUUGAGUGUCCAUCUUUGCACUUCAUAGGUGAAAAGGAUCCACGCAUACUAAAUGAAGAAGAACUUGUGGGAUGCUUCAUGAAUCCUGUUGUGAUUUAUUACCCAGAGGGUCACAAAGUACCAAACCUAGAUGCUGAAAGUAUAGAAACUGUGAUAGAAUUCAUCAACAAAGUGAAGAAAAUCAAGAUGCCAUUGCAGGGAAACUCAAAUUUGUAACAACAAAGUUAGCAAAUGUAAUUUGUGAUUAUAUAUUUAAAUUUGAAUCCAUUUAAUUUGAAGACAAGUUAAUAAAUUUGCCCAAUAAUCUUUAA